AUGCAGUUGUCCACUCUUCUCAUCUCCCUCAUGGCCUCGCUCGCCAUUGCUGUCCCCACUAACACUGGAGGCGGAGGCGGCGGCGGCGGUGAUGGCGGUGGAGGAGGUGGUGGUGGCGGUGGCGGCACCUACUCCGCUUGCACGUCUGCUGUGUACUCCCAGGCUCAGUGCUGCUCCGCAGACGUCGGUAACAUUGCCGACCUGACCUGCGCGUCGGUCGCUCCGGCCCCGUCCUCCGCCGAGGACUUCAGGGAUAUUUGCGCCACGACUGGCCAGACCGCCAUGUGCUGCACUCUCAGCGUCAUCGGAGUCUCCCUCCUCUGCGAGACCCCGGUUGGCCUCUAA